UUUUUCAAUCAGUUAUUGUGAAUCUUUUCUAGUCUAUUCCCAUUUUUUAUAGUUGUUGUUUGCUCACUAGGAAGAGCGACUACUUCAUACGGUCCUCUCCAAUACACACAGGUUGAGUGACAAAAGGGGCGAUCACACUGACGUGAUGUAAGCAGUGCAUGUAACACGAGUAAGAGGUGAGACAGCCUCCCCAACGCUACAGCAGCAGGCUGUUGGGCGAUACUACGCUGACGUUGAAGUGACACGGUACAACAGCAGCGGCAUCGAAAGGGGCCCCAGAGACAUCAUCUUGGAGGAAUGAACUGGUCGUGUAAUUUGUGAGCUAGAUAUAAUUUGUGUAAUUUUGAGCUAGAUGUAAGACAAAUAGAUUAAGAUGUACCAUUGUAAUUUUUUUUGAGUCGCUAUCGUCCUUUGCACUGUAUUGCGUCUAGUUUCCAUUGAUGAAUUAAGCCUUGAAUAAUUGAGCAAAAGAUUAAAACCAUGCUUGAAGGUCACCACAUGACCUUGGCAAAAGUGAAGAGUUAAGAGUAAAGGAAUAUCGUAACAUGGCGCCCAACUAAAUAUCCCACAUUCGUGCAUAGUUUAUCAGAUAGAGAUAGCUUAUACAGUAUACAAACUAGAACGUCAUGGAUCUCAACAAUCUAAACCCGGAAGAUUGGACUUCGAAUUGGCACUAAGAAAUGUACAAAGCUUUAGAGCAAAGGAUCGUAGCUGGAAAAUCUCACAACUACUUCAGCUGAUGAAUAAAGAGAACGACGGAAGAGCUACCGUUCCAACAUCGUCUACACAUGUGCUCUCGGAUGUCGAUAGUAUAUAUCAAUGUCAAGCAAAACUACCACUACUACUAACUACCGCUAAGUCAGGCACUAGAAGCAGCCAUCAGGAAUAAAGACGAAACGUCAGCAAAAAUCUGUAGAUCCAGAUUGAUGCACUUCAGAUUUAGAUUAUCACUCAUAUCAGAUCCAUUAAUAACCACAAAUGCAAACAAAACGGUGGCCAAAAUUCAACAUUCUUUGGAAAAGCUGGAAGAUUUUUUUAUGAAUUGUGUACAGGUAAAUUCCAGGGAGGAUGAAAAGGUUCCGGACCCAGAGGAAGAGUUACCAGGGGACAUAGAAACUCAAAAACGACUUAGAAUGUCCCAGCUGCAAUUAAGCUUAAAGGAAACCUCCAAUCAACAACAACUAUUGGAACAGGAGCUUCAACGACAGUUACAUCAAGUAAAAGGACAAAUAGCUCCGGACGUUCAGUACCAGCAAUCAUACCAAGAGCAAAUCCAACGGCAACAACAGCAAUUGCAGCAACAACAGGAGAUGAUUCGACAAUAUCAGCAACAUCAUCAACAGAAGCAACAACUUAGACUUCAACAGCAACAACAAGGGCAACAGCUUCAGCAACAAUUGGAACAACAGUUGCUUCGUGAACAAGCUCAGCGGCAGCAGUUGGAAGCUCAGUUGCACGAAUUUCGGAAUCGAAAUGCUACAUCACCAGAAAAUCAAGUUAACAACUCCAUUCCAAGAAAUUGGGAUCCCUAUCUACAGAACCAAUCAGGCAUUCCACAACAUCAACAGACAUUGGAUUACGUUCCUCCCUACCUGCGUCAAGAUUUCAUACGGUUUUUGAGAUCUCAAAGCACACCUAGAGACCAUCAACAAUCGACUCAGUCAAGGUUCUCUCAACCAGUACACAAAUGGCCUUUCGAAUAUACUGGCCAACCCAAUAUAAUACAAUUAGGUGAAUUCCUCAACCAAGUGAACACCUAUGCAGACACCGAAGGAAUCGAUGAAAAAGACCUACUACGAUCAGUUAAACAUCUUCUCAAAGGCCGCGCUCUUCAGUGGUACACUCGAUUGUAUUCCCACCUUACUAGCUGGGAGAUAUUCAAAUCUGAAAUCAAGCAGGAAUUCUUACCACCGAACUUUUCGGAAAUCAUAAAACAGGAUUUAUAUCUACGUUUUCAAGGGCAGAACGAGUCCUUCACCUCUUUUUACAGAUACUUGAUAGCCGCUUUUGAGAUAGUUGAACCAUCAAUGUCCGAAUCGGAGAAACUCUUCAUAGUGAAAUCUCACUUAAAUCCAGAUUACACUCCAAUAGCCGCAGCCUCGCGUGCGACCACAGUGAAAGAAUUGGUUGCUGUUUGCAAAGACUUUGAAGUAUCGUGAUC